ACCACGAUCAAUUCCAGAUAGUGCAUUUUAAUUCGUUCGAUAUAAUCUUCGUUCCUAUUUUCGGUUCGAACCGUGGGCGGGUGUCACAUUCAACAAGCAGGUUUAUUACGAUAAUUAUUGAUAAGCUAUCCGUUGUUCAAUUAAAAAAGUCGUAUUAGUGUAAAUGAAACGAUAAGGCCAAUUUUCUUUAAAAAACAUUUUGACUUAUAAACUCUUUCAAUUAAUUCGAUUAUUUUUUUUUAACAAGAUGUUGAAGCACAAAAUUGUAUAGAAUAUGAACACACCUUAGAAGGCUGUUUUUGAAGAGUACCAACGUGUUUUGGGGACGUCUCAUUUUUUUUUAUUUUUGAAUUAAACUGAAAAAUAAAAACUACCACGACUGCGAUAUAUGCUAAAGGAAAGGUUUCAGAUUAGAGGAAAUGCUUGGACGAAAUUGGACAUGAUUCAUAUAUUUGCGAUCAAUUACAGUACUUCCACACAAGGCUUGAGCACAUUUCAGAUUUGUGAGAAGACAUAUUAUAUUUUUGAGAUCUUCAAAACAAAUUCCAAAGAUUCUUCCCCCCGGCGUCCCAGGUGCCGACAACUUCAUCCAGUCCGAAAAAUGCAAAUAGACACAUUCCCAAUUAGUAGCUGAACAAAUAAACCAGGAGGUGCGUGUUCGACUCAAGAAUAACAAACAGCAAAGAAACACGGAUUUAGCACCAUGGAUAUCACAAAGGAAUACUACAACCCGAACCCCGCGGAAAAGGCCAAUCCUCUGUCUACCAUAUUUUUUACUUACACCAUUGACAUGUUCAAGAAGGGCUACAGCAAGACCCUGGACGUCGACGAUCUCUACAGCCCUUUACUGAGCGACAGAAGCACGACUUUAGGCGAUAGGCUCGAGAGGAAAUGGUAUAAACACUUGGACGCUAUAAAAAAAUCCAAGAAACCUAAAACCCCCAGCUUGCUCAAGGUCCUCGUGGCCACCUUCUGGCCGGAAUACCUCCAGCUAGGCGUACUUUUGGUAAUUAUGGACCUAGUAGUCCGACUAAUCCAGCCCCAGAUGCUGGGCAACCUUCUGGACCACUUCCGACCCAACACCACCGUCACGAGAAGCGAAGCCCUAUGGUACGCCGGAGCCAUCGUUUUACUAAACGCCCUGAGUGCCUUGUUGAUCAACCAGUACAUUAUGCGAGCUUUUCAUUACGGCAUGAAAGUCCGAGCGGCCUGUUGCGCCCUCAUCUACCGAAAGGCUCUGCGUUUAAGUAAGACUGCUCUGGCGGAUACGGCUUCGGGGAAGGUAGUUAAUCUGCUAUCGAAUGACGUGAGCCGAUUCGAUAUAGUUUCUAUAAUGAUCCACCACAUGUGGGUUGCCCCCACGUCGGCCCUAAUUGUUACCUAUCUGCUGUACGCCGAGGCCGGAUAUGCCGGCAUUAUUGGCAUAGCGCCGGUCUUCCUCGUGGUACCAUUGCAAAGCUACACCGGCAAGCUCUCCGCCAUCUACCGCAAGAAAACCGCCCAGAAAACCGACGAACGCGUUCGCCUCAUGGACGAAAUCAUCUCCGGAAUCCAGGUCAUCAAAAUGUACGCUUGGGAGAAACCCUUCACCAAGCUCAUCCGCCUCGCCCGCAUAGUCGAGCUCAAAGUGGUCAUGAAGUCCUCGUACGUUCGCGGCCUCUACAUGACCUUCAACCUUUUCACCACCCGAGUGGCCCUCUUCUGCACCCUACUCACCAUGGCCCUCACCGACCAGACCAUCACCGCCGCCAAAGUGUUCGUCUUCAUGUCUUACUACAACAUCCUGGCCCAGACCAUGUCAAGCAUGUUCGUGCGCGGUAUCUCGGAGGUGGCCGAGGUGCUCGUGGCUAUCAAGCGUCUGCUGUCAUUCAUGAACAACGAAGAGUUCGUCAAAGUGAAGUAUGAGGAUAACAACGACAAUAAAAUUAACCCGGAGAAGACGACGGUGGUGCUUCGGGAGUUGAACGCCAAGUGGAUCGCCUCGUCAACGGAUAAUACUCUGACGGGGAUAAGUUUGAGCGCGAAUAAGAGGCAGCUUGUGGCGGUGAUCGGGCCGGUGGGCAGCGGGAAGAGUUCUCUUCUGCAGACUAUUUUGGGGGAGUUGAAUAUAGUGAGUGGAGCGAUGCAGAUAAACGGGAGCAUUUCGUACGCGUCACAAGAUCCAUGGGUUUUUGCGGCGACGAUUCGGCAGAACAUCACCUUCGGACUCGAUUACAACAAAAAGAGAUACAACGAAGUGGUCCACGCUUGUGCUCUGGAAAAAGACUUCAAGCAAUUCGGUGACGGAGAUUUAACCAUUGUCGGUGAUCGUGGAGCAUCUUUGAGCGGAGGACAGAAAGCCAGGAUCAAUCUAGCACGUGCCGUUUACCGAAACGCUGACAUCUAUCUUCUGGAUGACCCCUUAUCGGCUGUCGAUAUUCACGUAUCUAAGCACCUUUACGAGGAGUGCAUUAAUGGGUUCCUGGCGAACAAAACGAGAAUUCUGGUUACUCAUCAAGUCCAUCAUCUCAAGAAUGCCGAUGAAAUCAUAAUCAUGAAUAAUGGGGUUAUCGAAAACAGGGGCACGUUCGAGAAUUUGGCCAACAGCGACACGGUUUACGCCAGGCUGCUGACAUCAGAACCGGAACAACUACCUGAGGAGAAGCAAAAGGCGUUCGAAGCCGCCAAGCUCACAAGGCAAAUGUCCGCUAGGAGCAAAUCUUCGUCCCUCGCCAGCGGCAUCAGCGACCUCAGCAUCCCCGAAAGCAUCCUCCAGGAAGAAGCUGAAGAAGCAGAAAUCAAACUGAAAGACCUCCAAGAAGAAUCCUCCAAAGGCAAAGUCCACGGCUCCCUUUUCUUCAAGUACCUCCUGGCCGGUGGCAACUUCUGUUUCGUAACCGUCGUCAUGUUGCUCUACCUCAUCGCGCAAGCCGCCGCCAGCGGUGUCGACUACUUCGUCAGCCACUGGGUCGACAUUGAAGAGGCCCGUAACGUAUCUGCUAACAACACCAAGGUCACCAACACCAACGAAUUAACCAAUCCGCUGUCGACUCCGCUGUCGACCGAGACGUGCAUCUACAUCUACGGCGGCUUGAUCGGGGCGCUGUUCGUUUUCGCUCUCAGUCGUUCGAUGUUAUUCUAUAAGUUGGCGAUGCUCAGCUCCCAGAAACUCCACGACAUAUUAUUCAAUUGCGUGGUGUACGCUUCCAUGCGGUUCUUCGACACGAAUCCGAGCGGGAGGAUCUUGAAUCGGUUUUCGAAAGAUAUAGGUGCUAUUGACGAACUGUUGCCGAAGGCGGUGCUCGAUGCGGGGCAGAUUAUUUUGAACAUGGCCGGAGCGUUAGUGCUGGUGACGAUAGUGAAUCCGUACUUUUUGAUUAUCGUGGGAGUGACCGGGAUUUUCUUCUUAAUGCUGCGAGUGGUGUUUUUAAAAUCGUCGAAGAACAUCAAGCGGCUGGAAGGAAUGAUGAGAAGUCCUGUUUUCACCCACUUGAACGCCACGCUGCAAGGACUGACGACGAUCAGGGCCUUCCAGGCCGAAGAUAUCCUGCGGGUGGAGUUCGACAAGCACCAAGAUUACCACACAAGUGCCUGGUUCAUGUACGUAGCAGCCAGUUCAGCCUUCGGUUUCUAUUUGGACGUUUUGUGCUUCAUUUUCGUGACCCUCGUAACUUUCAGCUUCUUAACUUUCGGAGAAAGUUUAGGUUUGCGGGGCGGCCAAGUCGGUUUGGCCAUCACUCAGUCGGCGGCACUGACCGGUUUGGUUCAGUGGGGCAUGCGUCAGUCGGCCGAAGUGGCCAAUCAGCUGAUGUCCGUGGAAAGAGUUCUCGAAUAUAAAGAAUUACCCCACGAAAAACAACCAGACAAGCCUAAAACGCCUCCCGAUAACUGGCCCGGCCAAGGCAAAAUCACUUUCAGAGAAAUGGGUUUGAAAUACGACGUGGAGGCCCCGCUAGUUCUUAAAGACCUCAACAUAACAAUCCUCCCCAAAGAGAAAGUCGGCAUCGUUGGACGCACCGGAGCCGGGAAAUCCUCGUUAAUUUCCGCUUUGUUUCGCUUAGCUAAAGUCGUCGGAGAAAUCGAAAUCGACGACAUGGAGACCAAAGACCUCCAGCUCCAAGUUCUGCGUUCAAAAAUCUCCAUCAUUCCCCAAGAUCCCGUUUUGUUUUCGGGGACUUUGCGCUACAACCUCGAUCCCUUCGAGGAUUAUCCCGACGAAGUGUUGUACAAAGCGUUAAACGAGGUUGAAUUAAAAGACCCAAACAACAUUAUUAACAGAUUGGAGAACAGGGUGAUGGAUCGCGGCUCGAACUAUAGCGUGGGCCAGAGGCAGCUCAUUUGUCUGGCUAGAGCGAUCAUAAGGAACAACAAGAUUCUUAUGCUCGAUGAAGCGACGGCGAACGUCGAUCCUCAGACGGACGCCCUAAUUCAGAAGACGAUAAGAGAGAAAUUCGCGGAUUGCACCGUGCUGACUGUGGCGCAUCGACUGAACACGAUCAUGGACUCGGACAAGGUUCUGGUGAUGGAGAGCGGGACCAUGAUGGAGUUCGACCAUCCGCACGUGCUGUUGCAGAAUCCGUCGAGCAGGUUUAGUAAGAUGGUAGCGGAGACGGGCAAGUCGAUGGCCGAGCAGUUGAGGAAAGUGGCGAGGGCGAGUUAUCUAAAGAAGCACUCGGUUCCGGAAUAGGGGCAUUUCAUUUGAUUUGUGGUUGAAAAGUGUAGAUGGGACUCGCGUCAAGCGCAAAGUAUUUUUAUGUGUUCGUAUUUUACUUGUUGUUGGUAGUUUUAAUAAUGCGACUUAGUGCAAUCAGAUGGAGUGAUCAUUGCGUCCCCUCGUUAUAUAAAGAUUUUAGACGAUCUGUACUUACGAAUAUAAAACAAAGGUAUUUUUAAGCUACUUAAUUUUUUAAAUCAUGUUUUACGUAUUUCUGAUUGUUGUAAGUUUUUAAAGUUUAUCGAAUAAUAUUGCGAAUGUGAAUAUUUUUUAAAUGUUUUACAGAAAUUUACAGAGAAGGGCUGUGUCUGUGUGCUGUAGUUUGAAACAAUGCGGUCGUAACGAGAUGUGAAUAUGGAAAGAAAUAUAGGCGACUACCUAAAUGUAGAUAUGUAUAUUUUAAAUAAAUUUUUUUAUACAUA